AUGGCUCCUCCUGAAUUCUCUUCCGUGGUGCACGCUCCUGCUGCGGGGCUCCAAGAGAAGAAGCCCCUCGAUGCUGCGUCAGAGCCUGUUACUCCGAAGACGCUUUUCAAUGGGCCGUUGGCUCCGCGUGGUGGUGAGGGGAUCAACGAACUGACGGCUCGUACGUCGGCGUUGAGCAUCCGCGACCUGUCGAAGGGGAACAAUGUGAAUGUCAAUGGCAACGAUGUCAAGGCUGCUGGCUCAUCGGCUGGUGACGGAGUGCUUAACAAUGGCAAGGCCAAGGCCACUGACGCUGAAGAUGAGGAUGGUUACCUCAGCGAUGAUCCGGACGAGUGCCAGGACCCUGCGGUGCUGAAUGAGAUCGCGGCACAAGCAGGGGUGGCGAUUGCGCUGCUGGUCCCUUUUGCAUGGAGUAAGGAGAUCCCGUGUAUCAUCGGCACGGUCAAGCACCUGGUGAAGAUGUGGGGGAAACACAUGACGCUGCAGCUGCAGGUCUCCCAGCUCACCUAUGUCUCAUCCUCCCCCCGAGCAGCGGCUUCUAUGAAGCUAUCAUCGGCAGUGAAGACCCUGCUAGCAGACCCGGCGAUAGCCUUCAUCUCCACCGGAGGAGUCCGAGAGGAGUGGUUGUGUGCUCAGGAAGACUGCGGGAAGGCCCAUGGUGCCAGUUUCGAGAAGGCGGUAGAGCACGUGCAGUCUGUUCGCCACGGCAACGGGCUGCUCAAGGCGGGAGCUGCAACACGUCUGAGCAAGGGGAAGCAGAAUCUGGCGCAAGUCAGGAAGGAUUAUGGGGUGUGA